AUGGCUUGGGGAGCCCCAUGCCUCCUUCUGCCACCUGUCCUGCUGGUGUUCCUGGCCUCAGGUUCCUGGGGACAAGUUGUGCCUGAGGAGCUCCAUUACGUGGCGGGGCAGACCCUCUCCGUGCGAUGCCAGUACUCUCCUGAGGGAGGAUCCUACAGGCAGAAAACCUGGUGUCGGCAGACAUCUCCAAAUUUCUGUACCAGGUUAGUCACCAGCUCUGGGCCCCAGACUCAGGAUUCUCGAUACAUGAUCUGGGACGUGCCCGAUGCUGGUUUCUUCAACAUCAGCAUGGCUCAGCUGACUGAGAAGGACUCCGGGCCCUACUGGUGUGGAAUCUACAACUCUUCCAGAGACAUGGUCACUAUUCUCAGAAACAUCAGCCUGCUGGUGUCUCCAGCCCUGACCCCUUCUCCUAUGUGGACCACCGCCUGGCCCUUGGAAAGUACAGUUCAGAUCACUUCUCCAGAGGGGACCUCUGGUCCACCUUCCCUCAAUGGAUCUGAACUCAGGAAGUCAAGUGCCCCCCUGGUCCCUGGUUGGGCUGCCUCCUGCAUCCUGGUGGCUGUGCUGUGUGGACUCUUCGCGGCCAAGGGCCUGGUGCUGGCAGUCCUGUGUGUCCUCCUGAGCUGCAGGCGCUGGGCGCAGGGGUCAGGAGGACUCGGUGGGGACAGCAGCGAUGGAGACUUCUGA